AUGCGGACAUGGCGACGGUCCUUCUCCACAUCCAUUAUACGAUACAGCCAAUCGAGCGCCUUAGGUAGUUGCAAUCGGUUGCGAUGCGCAGAACUCUUAAAUGUGUCGUCAGAGAAAGACAAGGCGCGCGAAUUCGAGAAUGAGAACGUCACAUUGAAAGGAUUCAUUCGUUCAGUGAGGAAGCAGAAACGAUUUGCCUUUGCUGAAAUAUCGGACGGCUCAACAGUGCAGUCGUUGCAGGCGAUUUUGACACCGGACCAGGCAGCUGACCUGUCAACCGGUGCCGCGAUUGAGAUAUCUGGUAUAUGGAAAGCUUGUCCACCUGGGAAGGAGCAGACACAUGAGCUGCAGACUACAACGAUACAAGUCGUGGGAGAUGCGGAUCCAGAGACUUAUCCAAUCCAGAAGAAAUAUCACUCUUCGGAUUUUCUAAGACAAAUUCCUCACUUGCGAUUACGGACACCCUUCAACUCGUUACUCUCUCGAUUUCGCUCCGAGUGCAUAUACCAGCUGGGUCAGGUGUUUAGGUCACAUCCACAUGGAGGAUUUACACAAGUACAGCCGCCGCUGAUUACUUCGUCGGACUGUGAGGGUGCAGGAGAGACAUUCACUUUGUCCCCAGAAUCUUCUGCAUUGCCAGCACCCGGAGAGGAAGUUGAGCACUUCUUUCGCAGUCCCAAAUACCUAACGGUUUCAUCACAACUUCAUUUAGAAGCCUAUGCUGCCGAACUCGGGAAUGUAUGGACACUCUCGCCGACUUUCCGAGCGGAAAAGAGUGAUACACCGCGCCAUUUGAGCGAGUUCUACAUGCUCGAGGCCGAAGUGAACUUUGCCAAUGAAUUAUCCAGUCUCCUAGAUCUAGUGGAAUAUUUGAUUCGAGAUCUAGCUCGGCGGCUUCAUGACACCCCGGUCGGACAGGAAAUAUUGUCAGCUAAACGAUCCGGCGAGCCUGGUCUAGAUACAGUCGACUUUAAUGAAGCCCUUCGCAGAAGAUGGGAUGUACUACUAUCCGGGCCUGAAUGGCCUCGUAUUACAUAUACGCGGGCGAUCGAAAUGCUUCAGGAUGCGGUAACUAAUCACGGAGCCUCAUUUACCCACCAACCGUCAUGGUCCGAGGGCCUUCAGCUCGAGCAUGAGAAGUAUAUUGUGGACACCCUUUUCCACGGAGUACCCGUCUUUGUCACAGACUACCCCCAAAAAGUGAAGCCCUUCUACAUGGCGCCAUCGCCCUCUGCCGAAGGAGGUGCAACGGUGGCGUGUUUCGAUCUCCUCUUCCCUGAAAUCUGUGAAGUCGUAGGCGGAUCCCUUCGUGAACAUCGAUUACCUGCGCUGAUCGAUAAAAUGCGCAAGUACGGGUUGAUUAAACAGCGUCGUCGUCACUCUACCCAGUACUCAGCCACAUCACAACAACAGCUAGAUGAUGAGGGUGGCUCGGAGUAUCCGUAUCUCGAACCGGGCGAGGACCUUGGCCAUUUGCAGUGGUACGCUGACCUUCGGCGCUGGGGGAGUGCGCCACAUGGAGGAUUCGGACUUGGGUUUGAUCGUUUAAUUGGAUAUCUCGCUGGAGUCAGCAGUCUUCGCGAUGUAGUUCCGUUCCCGAGAUAUUUCAAGAGAGCCGAUUGCUAG